ACAAAUUUUCAUACAACUGCCUGAAAUACCUGCCGAAGCCAUGGGGCCGUUUGGAGUGAUAAUAGGGAUUUUACAGUACGCGGGACUUUACAUUCAACUUAACGCAGCUCUCAACGACGGUCACGGAGAGGUGGAUAAUCACAUCUCCGGAAACGCUCUCUUCACAGAGGUCCCACACGACAUCAGGACACACAGCGGGGAGGAUGUAGAGAUGGCCUGUUCCUUUCGUGGGGCCGGUUCUCCCUCCUACUCCCUGGAGAUCCAGUGGUGGUACAUCAAGGACCACCAAGACUGGCAGGAGAAGCCCGGUCACAUCAUUAAUAAUGUUGUACCCCAGGAGGAGACGUCCAAAGAUGCCACCAAAAUUAGUGUGGUCAAAGUGGCCGGUAGCAACAUCUCCCACAAACUCCGUCUCUCCAGCGUCAAAACGUCCGACGAGGGCACGUACGAGUGUCGCGUCAUUGACUACAGCGGAACCGUGGUGCAGCGCCACCGGGUUCGGGCCUACCUGCAGGUGGAGUCUGAGAGGAGUCAGGGGUCAGAUGACGUCCAGCUGCAGGAGCCGGGACACCGGUCACAGGGGAGUCACCCCCACCAGACAGAGGGCAGGGAGCUGAAGAAGAGAUCAGCUGGCAGCACCAUUGACUGUAAUGAGAGCUGUGUGCUUUAGAGCGGGCGACCUGCCCGUCCGUCUGCAUGUUCAUGACUUAUCUCUGUAAAGAGGGACGGUCAUCGGCGCGCUAAUCACCACACAGUUGGAUCCUAACCGGGCCCUUUGUGUUUCAUGGUUUGUUUGUCUAUCUUUAAUAUUCUUGUUUGGAUGCCAACACUGUUGAAUGCCAACAGAGGGGAUGAUUUUGCUGACAGUAUCUCUGAUUGCGGGUUGUUUUUUUUUGUUGUUGUUGCUGCUUUGUUCUUUGUGCUUUUUCCUCACGCAUUAAGUUUAUGUUGAUGUGACAGUAAAGCUGUAACAACAAAGCAGAACUUUUGUUUUGUUAUUUUAUCAUGUAUAUUAUAAAUAGCAACCAGCGCAAAGUUAAGCUUCACUGAUGCAGGACAGACUCUUUGCAAUGUGUGAGUUCUUUUUUUUUUUAAAAGCUGCAGUAUUUCAGUGUACAUUUCUAAGAAAUAAAUAAUUAGUCAAGCUUUUUAUUAUUAUUAUUUACUAUCUGAAAACCUUUUAAAGAGUAUCUAUUUCAGUCCUGUAACCUUUGUUUUAAAACUUGAAAAACAGUCUGUAUUUAGCUUUCUAAACCACGACUACAAUGUCUGUCACAAUGCAAAUGUAUGCCUUCAUCCCAUCAAGAUAUAUUCUUAUGUAUAGUCACUCUUUACACUGUAGACUUUUACAUGUCAUCACGUAAAUAAAGCUACUCAGUGCUACUUAACCAAAUGAUACAGCCACCAGUAGUAUGUUAAUAACCCCCAAACCUUUCAUUGAUAUAUUCAUUUUGUCACCCACAGUAUCACUUUUGGUCUAAACGUUCUCAUUUCUUGACUGUGUUUGUUCUUAGUGCUGCUGUUCAGUAUUUGUUAUGUUAAAUACAUUCAUUUGAAAUGA